AUGCACCAACCACUUCAACAGAGUCGCCGACGUCGACCCAUGCACCAACCACUUCAACAGAGUCCCCAACAACAACACAAGCACCAACCACUUCAACAGAGCUCCCAACAUCGACCCAAGCACCAACCACUUCAACAGAGUCGCCGACGUCGACCCAUGCACCAACCACUUCAACACAGCUGGCGACAUCGACACAAACAACGACAUAUCCGUCUACUUCUAUACAGUUAUCAACCUCAACAGAUCUACUUACUUUAA